AUGAACAGCUACAUCACUAUCGUAUUAGUCGUUUGCGGAUGUGUCGCUCUCUCAACGGCACAGUUCGAACACUUUGGGGGUGGCUUCUCGGAUGGAUAUUUCGGCACAAGCUUUGGAGGACCUAGCUAUGGAGGCCUUUCAGCUGCGACUUCCAGGGACCCAAGAGCAAACAGAGGUCCAGUGCUAUUCCCUCCUUCGCCACCUGACGGCCCACCGCAGUCCAGUGGUGUUGUACCCGGAGCGUCCGGGUACGGAUUCGUGCCUCCCGGCUCACAAGGUCCAGCAUUACCGAGGUACUACUACCACCGAGGAUUUUAUUUAUGA